AUGGCUGUCACUGUGGCCCUAUUGUACAUCAACUUUUCUGAGAUAUAUUGGGAGGAAGUAGGAACAUCCAACCAAAGUCUUCGGCUCAAUGCACUUCAAUUUGCUGCGAAACUCCACGAGAUCUUGAUUGCCGCGUCUUUGUCUAUGGUUGCCAUUAGCUACGUCCAGUACGAAGUACUACGUGGUGGAGGACUUCCUGUUGGCAGUGUACUGGCAGGCUUCCAGAUCACCAAUUUAAAUUCCGUCUUCAAUUUGCAGCUUUGGAGGAAGCUAUUCCCGAAAGGCUUCCAGGCUCACCGAUUGCGCUUCAUUGCAAUUGUACUGGUACUCGUCGUUAUGUGUGCUAUUUCCGGACCAUCCUCAGCUAUUUUAAUCCUUCCUUCUACUGGUCAAUGGAAUAUUCCGAUGAGCUUGGAAACAUUAAUGAUGCCUUACUUUGGACAGCUGUCCGAAAGCUCCAGAUAUCGACUUUUCAUAAAUGCAACUGAAGCUCGACUGUGGCCAUCGGAAAUCACUAGCGAAUCAUUCCUUCCCUCUGAUUGUCUGUUCAUAAACUCCACGACCCCUCAACACUGCCCGGCAGCUGGGUUGACAAGUCUCGCGGCAUCUAUUGAAUAUCUAUAUUAUGAUGAUCAAAAUGGUUUGGAUGUGUAUGAUCCUAGUCCACGUCGCACUUGGAAUUUUACGAUGCCCGGGGAAACUAACGAUAAAAUUCAGCUAAAUACGACUCAUCGCUUCUUAGCAGGCGCUAUUGCAGAUGCCAAUAUUCUCCUGAGUCUGAGAAAUUCUUCGGAAGAUCUGGCCAGUGUGUGGAUACAGCCUCCCGACUUUGGAACAUUCACAACAUCAAUUGCUGCGGCUUUUGUGAUGCGUGAAAGCACUUAUCCGAUGCAGCUUGCAUGCUCCAUAUAUUCCAGCUGGCAGCCUGAAGAUAUCUACGUCAAUUCGAAAGAAGACUUGCACUAUCUCUCUCCUAGUAUUGACAAUUAUGUCGUGUCUCUAGCAGUGCCAGAAGACAAUUGUUCUCCAGAGGAAUUGUCUAAAGACUUGGCUUCCAGGCACAUACGACUAGAUAUCGAUUGGAUCAACAAAGCUUUGCCAAACAACGAAACCAUUAAUCAGCUAAUUCGGUCGAUAAAGCCUAUACCGAACGAAAGCAUCGAGCCCAUAGUCGAUGUAGGAACCUCGCUUUCGCUUCUCAUAACAGACGCCUUAGCAAGAUUUGGAGUCGAUAUCAAUUUGACGCUUGCGAUGGAUUCCUAUCUCCACGAUCCAAAUCAGGAUGCCUUUUUCUUCGAAUCGUAUAGCAUGGUCCUCGAGAAUAUUUCUGAAGUUGAUCUGGUAAACUCUAUAGAGGUGUUCCCCAUAGCAUCUCAUUACGGAUACAGUUAUUCGGCCGAAGGAGUAACUAGACGAAUCGCUGUGGGAAUCCUCCUUGUGCAUAUCUUCAUCGCAUUAGUGCACACAGUCCUGGUGUUGUGGCAUGGCUGGAGCUAUCCUGACUUGGAGACCAUAUAUGACAUCGUCAUUCUGGCUAUAGGAUCUUCGACCUCUACAAUUGGCUCAGAGUCAAGUUCGACCGUUGGUGUAGCAGAGUUGAAGAAAGAAAAUUUUACCUUCAAAGUCCAGGAGGUGUCAUGCUCAAGGCUGGAAUUGGUUGUUAAAUCUUUGGUCGUUGAGGCUUCGACGAAGGAGGAAAGACCGGAUCAAAAUGGGCAGGACAAUGAGAGCGCUAUCGCGGUAAUUGAUCGAAACUCCUUUUACUUGUGGCAGCACCGUAGAAACGCUCGUAAAACACAGAUUCUUCUCCAAGAGCUGCAUUAUGACAUGACUUCAUACUUGCGAGAGAAAAUCAUGAAAAUUAUGUACAAGAAGGAAAUUGUCGUUCAGUCAUCAGUACAUCCAAAUGGCCCAACAGCUCUCAGGCAGAAAAAGAAUCACAGUCACCGCUCGUACAGCCCAAAGGGUUCGCUAUCCCUCUUCUUCACAUCCUCAGGAAAUUCCUGGUAUUCUGGGAGAUCUGGAAGAGGAAUCCUGUAUCAUAUACCCCCAUCAGCUCUCUUCAAACAGAAACAAUAA